UUGACAAAGAUACAGAAGCGUCAUCGCCAUCGUCGGACCUAGAAAGUCUAGCCUUCUCGACAUCCCUCAAUCCAAGUUUCAUCCUUUGCAGAUUCUUUUUGCCGGAGCUGACCAAGCUUUCCCUUCUAUUGCUCACGUUGUACCCGGGAACUCUACCAGAAUCGUGAAGGAUCGGCCGCACAGCAAAUUCAAUUCCAUCCCAUCCAGACAACUAAUGAGAAACCUCGCCUCUUGAGAGUUGUUUAGCUGUGACUUGCAAACUAUUUUUUGUGGUUUGAUUUCGUAGUUUUUGCAAGGACUUGCUUGGGCUUUUCAGUUGGUUCCUUAAGUUAUCGCUCCUACGGGGGAGCUGAUACGGAAUAUUGGUCGGUGUCUAAAGUUUUCCUGCACUCGUGUUUGAGGAUUAAGAGGGCGGCUCACUUGGUCCGCAACAUUUGAUGCGGGUUUAUUGUACCGGAUUACUGUCCACUGCUCUUCGAGACCUCGAAUGGCAAAAUUGCAGCAUAUUCGUCUACCUUGUUUCUGAGAGAAAGGAGCAGGAAUAGUUCACCAUAUUGUUUAGUCUAUGGUGCAGCCGAGCAUAAAAAUUGGUACUAUGGUGUUAGUUGAUGAGCAGUCAGGAAUUUUUGAAGCGGGUACAAAGGAUGUGAUGGGAACCGAAGGGCUAGCAUACAUGGAACUGUGAGAGACAAAAGGUCGAGUUUCUCACCCUUGGGUUUCUGAGGAAGGGCAGGUAGCCAGGAAUCAUGCGAGGACCGGUGGUAGAUACGAAUACCCACAGCGAUGUUAUAGACGAAGACAUGAUGGGGGAUGCGGCGAGAUUGACUCUCUAUCCAUCGAAAGCCAAGGUGCCGAUCGAUAUGGGCGAUGAAACUGAAAGCAAACCUUCUUACUUGUCCAUCCCCUCAUUUCGGAGGUUCCACAACGUGUGGGUAGGUCAGGAAGAUGCUCUCCUUUCUGAGCUUAAGGCAGCGCUAGAGAAUCCAACAACUGAGCAGGGAUUUGCUAGGUUGGUGAGGAAGUGCUACCAGCAUUUCUCGGAGGCUGUGAAUGCAAAGAUUCGAGCUUCGCAUGAGGAUGUCACGUACGUGACCUCCGGGGCGUGGAAAACUCCAUUAGAAGCAGGGUUGAUGUGGAUGGGCGGGUGGCGCCCCAGAACCGCCAUAGUGUUGGCCUAUUCCUUGAUGGGCAUCCAAAUAGAGAACGAGCUGCAGCAGCUGCUGGAAGGCAUCAUCUUGCAGUCCAUGGCAACGCUCACAGCUAAGCAACUUGCUAGGUUGGAUGCAAUCCAGCAAUAUACUUCCACAAAAGAGAAAGAAAUCUCAAACCGUCUUUCUGUGCUACAGAUUUUGGUGGCAGAUCAGCAAACUAUUCGAGCUACCAUUGCUGAUCCUCCCAGUGAAAGCUCCAACAUGGCGGUAACCAGGGAUGCAAUGGAGCCCAAGCUAACUGGGCUUCAGGAUCUAUUUAUAGAAGCUGAAAAGUUGAGACUGCGAACCCUUCAAGAGCUUUUCGCUGUGCUGAGUCCCAUCCAAGCAGCUCAGUAUAUAGUUGCGGCAAUCCAAGUGGCGAAGGCCUUCUGUAAGCUCGGUGAACAGUUCCAAGAGGCACAUUCUGGAGAUGCGAAUGGACGAUCUUCUAGAGAUUCUGGAUCGAAUGUCUGGGACAUUGCAUUUCAAGGAGAUGUGAAGCGACUACGAGAAGCUCUGGAUAUGGGCUUGGAUCCAUCUGAUAUAGAUUAUGAAGGCCGAACACCUUUACACCUCGCUGCAGGGAAAGGCCAUUUAGAGUGUGUAGCUCUACUGGUGGAGAGAGGCGCUGAAAUCAAUGUCAAAGAUAAUGAUGGAGUGACCCCACUUUUGGACGCGUUGAAAGGGGGACACGAUGAGGCUGCAAAAUUCCUUCGAAACAAUGGAGCGAGGCCUGACGUUAAGGACGCUGGUAAUGAGCUGUGCAAGGCAGCAGCCUGUGGGGAUAUGGAGUUCCUGGAGAGGCUUGUGGAGGCAGGCGUGGAUCCCAAUGAGACAGACUAUUCUCAACGGACACCGCUGCAUAUUGUAGCAGCCGAAGGGACAGCCAAAGACGCAGAGUUUCUGGUGCACAAUGGCGCUGAUGUGCUUGCCAAAGAUCGGCAUGGAUACACGCCUGUAGAUGAAGCACGGGAUACCAAUAACAAUGCCACUUUGCGGGUCUUGGAAGCCGCGGUCUUGCAACGUCAGCAAGAGUUGGACGACGAAGACGACACUUCUGAUGAAACCAGUAGUUCUUCUCCUUUCGACAACAAAGAUGAUGUGGACAUGGUGUUGACGGAAGAAGAUCAGUGCUCUGCGUGCUAAAACAUAUUCACCGAUGCUAGCUGCAAACUAUCAGAGGAAGGAAGAAUACUUAAAAGCCAUCCUCAUCAGCACCGUGCUGUUGUAAGUUUCACGAUUCUGGGUGAGUUCGAAAGCAGUUUAAAAUAUGAAAUAUGAAGAAGUGUAGCUCUGUGUGUGUUUGGUACGCCAAAGAUGAAGAAGAUAUAGUAUUAGCCAUUCUAGACCAAUGGAUAAACAUCAAUCAUAUUGAAUCUUUGCAAGAUUCAUCUAAUAUACAUUAGUUGGUAGAGAAAAAUGCUUCUAUUUGUGAGAUGCAUAAUCUGAAGAUCAAUGCAAAAAGUUGUUUUUUCUAGCA